AUGAGAUCCCAUUCCUUCCUGCCAGUCCUCUUCCUCUUUGUGAUGCUGAUGCUGAGAGGAAAGGCUGGCGUUAUUCCGGGGGAAAAGCAGUGCAUUUUGCUGAAAGGGGUAUGCAAAGACAUGGCGUGCACAUCCACAGAUGAUACCAUUGGCGUAUGUAACGAUGAGAAGAAAUGUUGUAGGAGAUGGUGGGUGUUUGAGCCCUACCCAACACCCGUUCCCAAAGGAAAGUCUCCGUAG